ACGUUGAAGUCUACAUUAGACACUGAUCAGAUGUCACCCCGCAGUUAGUGCGACCAGUACGUGCAAACCAAAAUGUUCCUUUUUUUACUGCUGGUCUGUGCCAUUUUGGCGUUUUUCGCGAUUCGUGAUCAUCUUCGCAAGACUCAGGCAUUCGCGGAAAAUCUGCCGAUAGUGGUUCCGGAAAAAUCAUUUCUCGGCAUAAACUACGAUCUGCUCGGGUUGAACGAUGAAGAACGGUUCGAGCUGGUGAACAGAAUUUUCUUGCAGCAGGAUCGCCUAUUUAGGAUGUCGAUCGGACCGAUGCUCAUUCUGGGAGUAAGCCAUCCGGAUCUGGUGCAGAAGCUUCUAUCGCAUCCGGAUUGCUUGGAGAAACCCUUCUUCUACGAUUUCGUCAAGUACGAUCAGGGUAUUUUUUCUGCCAAAUUUAAACUGUGGAAGAGCCAACGGAAGGCCCUUAAUCCGACGUUCAAUCUCCGAAUCUUGCACAGUUUUGUGCCAAUUUUCGAGAAGUGCAGCAAGAAACUAGUGAGCGAAUUGGAAAAAUGCAAGGACGGGGAUACGGUGAACAUGUUCAAAUAUACCUCCCGAUGUGCGCUGGAGAUGGUUUGCGGAACAACACUUGGAAGUGACGUGCUGCAGCGAGACGGGAAGGAAGUGUUUUUGACUUCUCUGGAGGAAUUGUUCUUGUUGGUGUCACGACGUAUGUUGAGUAUGCAUUUGUACUCGGAUCUGAUCUACAUGAUGACUCCGCAUUACUGGAAGGAACUCAUUCAUAGAAAACGGUGCAAGGCGUUCACUAAGAAGAUUCUACAAGAGAAAAAAGAAGCACGCCGCUAUGGAGCUACUCCCGAAUCAACUCCGGAUUCUGACCCGGAAGCGGACGAUUUUAAAAAGCCACAGAUUUUUAUCGAUCAGCUUCUCUCAACGUCCGAGAGUAGCCGACCGUUCACCGACGAAGAAAUCUUUCACAACGUAUUCGUCAUAAUGGUUGCUGGCAACGACACAUCCGGACUGGCGACGGCUUACGCGUGCCUUUUCCUCGGUAUGUACCCGCACAUACAGGAGAAAGUCUACGCCGAAGUGAUGGAGCACUUCCCCAACGAGGAUGUGGAAAUGACUGGAGAUUCGCUGAAGCAGCUGGAGUACACGGAGAUGUUCCUGAAGGAAGUGCUGCGGCACUGCCCGGUGGCAGCCAACAUUGCUCGGCAGUGUAUCAAGGACAUCGAAAUUGAUGGCACACGCGUUCCGGCGGGAAAUUUGUUCAUUUUCACGUUUUGGGCCAUGCAUCGACGGAAGGAUAUUUGGGGACCGGAUGCGGAUAAGUUCGAUCCAGACAAUUUCCUACCGGAGCGGGUUCAGGCCAGAAAUCCAAAUGCCUACAUGCCAUUCAGUUCGGGUUCGAGGAAUUGCAUCGGUGGCCGAUACGCAAUGAUUAGCAUCAAAGUGAUGCUUGUGUACUUGUUACGGCGCUUCAAGUUGCACACAAAUCUGAAACAUGAAGACUUGCGUUACAAGUUUGGUAUCACCUUAAGGUUAUCGACCAGUCACAUGGUUCAAUUGGAGAGGCGAAAGUGUUAGUUGAUUGUUAUAUUAUCGAAACAUGCACAUACAGACAAAUAUAAAUAAACUUUUUGAUUCAAUAGUCAUUAGCACAUUUAAGUGUAUGAGUGCUUCGAGCGUAUGUGUUUAUGCAACUCGGAGGAAAUAAAUGCAUAGUAUCUCAAAAGCAUUCUGAAAGUAAUGCAUUUUCACAGCAUGUCGACAAACCUUGGUUGAGAAUUCUGUUCGCCAAACUUGCCAGUUUAUAUAAUGUUAAUCAAAAGAUCUUGGACACUUUCAGCUUAGCUAUAACAUUCAUAUGAUAACAUAUCUGUAAUAUCGUCUAGAAAUAAUUAAUACACAUAAAUAUAGUUAUGUUGAG